AUGACUCAACAGCCCGCCCACCUAAUGACCCACGUGUCCCCACGCCCACCCACGUGUCCCCCACGCCCACCCACGCCCACCCACGUGUCCCCACGCCCACCCACGUGUCCCCACGCCCCCACGUGUCCCCCACGCCCCCCACGUGCCCACGCCCACCACGUGUCCCCACGCCCACUCACGUGUCCCCACGCCCAUCCACGUGUCCCCACGCCCACCCACGUGUCCCCACGCCCACCCACGUGUCCCCACGCCCAUCCACGUGUCCCCACGCCCACCCACGUGUCCCCCACGCCCACUCACGUGUCCCCACGCCCCCACGUGUCCCCACGCCCACCCACGUCCCCACGCCCACCCACGUGUCCCCACGCCCACCCACGUGUCCCCACGCCCACCCACGUGUCCCCACGCCCACUCACGUGUCCCCACGCCCACCCACGUGUCCCCACGCCCACCCACGUGUCCCCACGCCCACCCACGUGUCCCCACGCCCACCCACGUGUCCCCACGCCCACUCACGUGUCCCCACGCCCACUCACGUGA